AUUCAAUUUAAACACUUUUGCUCUCUUCAUGUAGUUUGUGUCAACGACGUAACUGCAUGUAAUAACGCAGGUCUAACUAUAAAUGUCACAUGUCAAGCAGCAACAUCCGGUUCAAGUUGCGUUGAAGAUGUUGUAAACGGUCGAGCAAAUAUGACUAUGGCUGCAGCUGAUCACAUGGUCCAGAACGCUGAAAAUCUCCAAAUUGUCAUUGGUCAAAAACUACCUGGGCUCGACAACUUUAUUCAAUAUUACGGUCUGGCUGUCGUCAAGAAAGGAACUACUUUUAAUUUCAACUCCCUGCGAAAUCAAAAAUCCUGCCAUACUGGUGUAGGAAAAACUGUCGGUUGGAAAAUCCCUGUUGGUUACAUGAUUUACAAUAAAAUAAUGACAUACACAGACAACCAGUAUAAAUCCGCUUCGGACUUCUUUGCUGAAAGUUGUGCACCAGGUAUUAAUGGCAUCUCAGGAGUCAGUGACGCAGUGAAGACAGAUCUUUGCUCUUUGUGUAACGGAACAUGCGCUAAAAACUCAACUGAGCCAUACUAUGACUAUAUGGGAGCUUUCAAAUGUAUGGCUGAUGGUAACAAUGAUCGCGUUGGUUUUGUGAAGGAAACGACAGCUAGUGACUUUUUAAAGAAAUAUUCCAAUUAUGGAAAACUUGGAGACUAUAAACUACUUUGUCCAGAUGGAACUACAGCUGGUAUGAAUCAAUACAGAAAGUGCCACAUCGGAACAAGACCAUUGUACGCCAUUGUCACUGGUAAAUCAACAUCGUCUCAAACAAUCAAAAGCAUCCGAAAUAUGUUGGAAGGAGUUAAUAUCACUAAGUUAACGGCAGCUGGAAUAGCAUACAAAAAUGUAGAAAGAUUGGUGAGGUAUAAUGGUGCAUCUGUUAAAGAAUAUGUUGGAUCAUAUGGAAAUUAUUUUAAUUGUCUUAAUGGACCACUGAAACCAAGUGCAGCGCCAUCUUUGACAAUGACACCAAGUCCAUCGCCAUCUUCGACAAUGACAACAAACACAUCGUCACCUUCGACGACACCAAGUGCAGCGCCAUCUUUGAUGCUGUCACUAACUUUGCAAAUCGCCGCCAUUUUGGUUUACUGGUUCGUGGCUUAAAUCACGCAGCUACUAGUUUACAACUCAGUGUUCUUGUGAAGUAAACUGAACAUUACGGGUGCUCGUCUGUGAUAACAUUUUACAUCAUGUCUCAACUAACAGUUUUUCUUUAUAGUUUGAAUUCUGUGUCUGUGUGUAACAAUUUUAUAAUCAAUCACAAGAAUUUUGUAAAUUGUUACUCUUUCCUAUUUUGUUACCUAAAUACAAUUUGUAACCUACAAUCUAACUUUAUCAUUUUCUUGUCUGUGAAAUUAUACUUUAACUUCACUUA